UUUGUGCUUUCGUCUUUUUUCUCCACUACCAACCAAAAUUAAAAGGUGAGGCUAUCAACCUACCUCCGCUACCUCUUCCUUCCUAUAAAGAAUGUUGGCUCCUCCUCCUCAGUCCUGGAAAUCCUUUUCAACAAAAUCUAUCCUCGAUUUCGAAAGGAAGCAAAGAGGAGGAGAAGAUGGAGAACGGGUCGAAGCAAUGGCGUUUCAAGGCGAGGAAGGAUUUGACCUCUGCUUCUGAUAUCACCGUCAGAGGGAUGCUCAACAAGCUCCAUGGAGCUAUUGUUGCCACCGACACAAGACCCACAGUCUUCCUCGGCCAUGGAGAUCCCUCUGCUUUUCCUUGCUUUCGGGUUACUCCGACAGCCGUAGACGCCAUCGUUGAUUCUCUUCGUUCUGCUAAGUUCAAUGGCUAUGCUCCCACUGUCGGUGUUCUUCCCGCUAGAAGAGCAAUAGCUGAAUACCUAUCAGGUAAUCUUCCAUACAAGUUAUCUCCUGAUGAUGUGAAUCUCACCUCUGGUUGCUCGCAAGCCAUCGAGGUGGUUCUAUCGGUCCUGUCUCAACCGGGUGCCAAUAUCUUGCUUCCAAGACCAGGGUUCCCUGCCUAUGAAUCUCGUGCUGCUUUCAGCAAACUCGAAUUCCGACAUUUUGAUCUUCUACCCGAAAAGGGUUGGGAGAUUGAUCUUGAUGCUGUCGAAGCUCUUGCAGAUGAUAACACUGUUGCCAUGGUUAUCAUCAACCCUGGAAAUCCCUGCGGGAAUGUCUACUCUUACCAGCACUUGCAGAAGGUUGCUGAGACUGCAAGAAGGCUAGGGAUAAUGGUUAUUGCGGAUGAAGUUUACGAACGUAUCGCUUUUGGGACUAACCCAUUUGUGCCCAUGGGUACUUUUGGAUCGAUUGCUCCUGUCAUAACACUUGGGUCCAUUUCCAAGAGAUGGGUGGUGCCUGGCUGGAGAUUGGGUUGGCUUGUCAUAACUGAUCCCAGUGGCGUCCUUAAACAAAACAAGAUUGUUGACAGCAUUCAUGGUUGUCUCAAUAUCUGCUCCGACCCCGCAACUUUCAUUCAGGGGGCAAUUCCUAAAGUUAUUGAGGAUACAAAAGAGGAUUUCUUUAAGAAUACAAUCAAUAUAUUGAGACAAGCUUCAGGCAUUUGUUAUGAGAGAAUAAAGGAAAUUGAUUGCCUUACUUGUCCACAUAAACCGGAGGGAUCUAUGUUUGUGAUGGUAAAAUUAAAUCUAUCACUUCUAGAAGAUAUUGUUGAUGAUUUUGACUUUUGCUUCAAGUUGGUCAAAGAAGAAAAUGUGGUUGUUCUACCAGGUAUCACGGUGGGAUUGAAAAAUUGGCUCCGUGUAACUUUUGCCAUUGAACCAGCUUCUCUCGAAGAUGGUCUUGGGAGGGUAAAAUCUUUUUGCGUAAGGCAUGCCAAAGAAACAGUAAAGAACCAGAACCAGAACCACAAUCAAGAAUAACAACCAUGGUGAUUAUCAACAUAACGUUGAAUCCCAUGCUCUACUUUAUUACUGAAAUAAAGUUUAGUCGCACCAAAUUGUUGGAAUAAUGUUUAGUCGCAUUUGGUUGAAGUCCUGUAUUCAUGUAAGGACAUGUUGGUCGACGGGUUCGAAACUUGGAAACAAUCUCUCCUACGAAACAAGGGGUAAAGUUGCGUACAUUUCCCUUCCUAGACUCGACAAUAAUGAGAGUCUCGUGCAUUGGGUUUCUCAUAACUACAUGAAUAAUUGAGGUAGUAAUAAUCCAGCAAUUGAUUUUACUA